AUGAAAGAAUGUGGAACCGAAAAGCAAAGAUCGCUCGCUUUAGAUGCUGCCAGGGAGAUUGUUACAGGUUCGAUUGCUGGUGCUACAAGUAAAGUCUUUGAAUUUCCAUUCGAUACAAUCAAAGUACGGAUGCAGUAUUCACAAUCAUUACCUGUCCCUUUAUUUCCAAAUAGUUGGGACUGUAUCGUGAAAAGCUACAAGAAAGAUGGAAUUAUUAAAGGAUUUUAUCGUGGUAUAGUACCGCCGAUGUUUGGAGCCGCUAUGGAAAUCAGCACGCUUUUUUUCUCAUAUAAUAUGGCACAAGAUGCUAUUAAGAUUGUCCGUGGAUACAAUCUAAAUGAUGAUAUCAAGCAGGCUGAUAAAUUGCUCUGUGGAGCCUGGGGUGGGUUCUGUACAAGUUUUGUUCUUACCCCAGUUGAACUACUCAAGUGCAGAUUUCAGGUGGAAACGCUAAGGGCCAAGAAAACGUCCAUCCCCAAGAUUGUCCGUACAGUGAUCAGCGAAAAAGGUAUCAGGGGACUCUGGAAAGGCGAAACUACUACAAUGAUAAGGGAGGCUGGAGGUUCAAUGGCCUGGUUUGGUAAUUAUGAGGCGGUUCUUCGGCAUUUUUCUCAAGGGAAAAAGGAUUACAAGUUUAAAACCUGGCAAUUAAUGAUUGCCGGUUCUUUGGCAGGCGUCGGAUACCAUUGUUUGAUGUUCCCGGUUGAUACAGUGAAAAGCAUAUACCAAAUACAGGAAGAAAAGAAUCCAAGGACGCUUCUAGACAUUGCAGGUCAGAUCUACCGCAAGAAAGGGUUCUUCGGGUUUUACAGCGGUCUUGGUGUUACCCUAUGCAAAAGUAUACCGGCAAGUGCCAUAUUAUUUGUUUUAUACGAACGGAUCAAAGCCAACUUACCUUUUUAG